UCGUAUACAACCCGCAGUUGAGAUUCCGAGCGCGGAUCAUGUCUUCGUCUACUAGUGAGAUGCCAGUUAUCAGGCCACGCCGGAUGAUGCGAGGUCAUACUCACUGGGUAAAUGGUGCUGUACACUUGCCUGGCGGACGACACAUCAUCACAUGUUCGUUAGACGGUUCACUCCGACUAUGGGACAUAGAAAGCGGCACACAGAUAGGCGAAGUCUGGCAAGACGAGGGAAACGGAGUGCGGUCCAUAGUAUUGUCUCCAAAUGGAAAGAAAAUUGCCAGCGGAAGCGAGGAUGGGAAAGUGAAGUUAUGGGACGUCGAGACGAGGAAGAUCAUUGCAAAAUGGACAGGACACACCGUUGUUGUGUGUUCAUUGUGCUGGAGUGGAGAUGGUGGGCAAGUAGCAAGUGGAUCCUGGGAUGGGACAGCAAGAAUCUGGGAUGUCGACAGCGGGAAAAAUAUCCUGAAAAUCAAGACGGGGCAUGAAUGGGUGCGAGCGGUGAUGUACUCGCCUGAUUCGUCAAAACUUGCGACGGGUGGAAACAAUGUAAAAAUUUGGGAUGCAAAAACAGGCGAGCUUUUGAACAUACUCAAACACUAUAAUCACGACUGGGUUUACCUGGACUCCCCAAGGAUGUCGGACCAGCAGGAUGAUGAUAUAGUUCGCAGCUUAACAUGGACAACGGACGGACAGAAGCUUAUCUCCGGCUCAUAUCGCCUGAUUAGGAUAUUCGACACUGCCACCUGGCAGCAGAUCGCCAUCCUUACAGGUCACACCAACUUUGUCUACGCCAUCUCCUUGUGCCAGAACAACCGCCUCCUUGCAAGUGUAUCACAAGAUAAAACAGCGCGUCUAUGGAAUCUCGAUACCAACCUCCAAGUCGGUUUACCCCUCCUGCAUGAACAUAAUUUGCAUUCCGCAGCCCUUUCCCUUGAUGGAAAAGUGUUAGUCACUGGUUGUGAAAACACAAACGCGUACGCGUGGGACGUUCACGCUAUCCUCAAAGAAGCUGGCCUUGAAGACUUACUGUCCAUUGGUAUCAAACUUGCACCAAAAGACAGACUCGAACAAAAGGCAUCUCAAGAUGGAUCAAGAGUACAGAGUACACCCCGCUCUUCGCUCGACGACAAAUCAUUUUUAAAAGCUGAUGCUACGCGCUGUACCGACCAGUUUGGGGAUGUCGAUGAGCUCUCACCAACGUUUUUUGCUGGCAUGGAAGCCGAGGUUGAUUCCUCCCCGAUGGGUGGUGCACACCCCCAUUCCUCUGUAAAUGCCCUUUUCACUCGCUUUUCCUCGCUCCUCCGCCGCUUUCGACCCCAAAGUAGUGAAGCAAACGAACUUCUGCAAACCUCAAGACCUUCGGCGUUUCGUCCACAUGCACUCCUCGCUCGCCUUUCCUCGCUCCGUCGCCGCUUUCGAUCUGAAACUGAUGCACCAGACGAACUCCAGCAACCCUCCACACCUUCGCGGUCAGAUCCGCAUGUACUCCUAGCUCAACAUUCCUCAUUUUUACCUCGACCUCGACUGGGCACCGACGAAGAAGCUAAACAUCAUCCUACAACGUCUUUCAGUUCGCAUCCAGAUGCAUUCAUUAGCCGGCUGUCCUCAUUCUUUCGCUCUCAACCUCGUACCGAAGAUGAACUCGAUGAACUCGAACUCUCGCAAGGCACAAUGCAUUCUCAUGUUGUCGCAGUACCUGCCAUGCGGGAUAGGGAGGUCUUAUUUGUUGCUGAGCCGCUGCGACCAAACCGUAUGCCCACUCAGCCUCGUGAUACCACAAUACCAGGUACAAGACCUGUGCAUUCGCUACCCCUCCGAAUGUUGGCUCAUCUCGUACUUUUUCUCUGCUGCGCAUCCCCUCAGCGCGUCGGUGCCAAUGUACACCCAGCACAACAGCAGGAAGGCCAAGCGCAGACUCAUGAUGCCACAUCGUCGCAAACACAGCAUCAGCAAGGCCAAUUGUACGAUCAAUCGCAGACUCAGCCAGCCUGUUGCUCUCUCCAUGUCCGCGACAUCUACUGCUCCUGA